AUGUCGCUCGAGGUCAUGCAGUCCAUCUUUGAUUUCCGGCUUGACGUAAAUAACAAGGUACUGCUGGAGACCGGUGUGGUGGGAAGCAUCGUCUUCCAGCCCUUUCCACGGAGCAUCGCACAGAAAGCCUUGGAGCUCGGAAUCAAGGAGUACAUUGCUAAUGGAACUCUGCCAGACGUCUAUUGUCCGUUGUAUAUGAAUGAUAUUGACGCUGGCCAAGAAUACUGGAGUCGACUGAGGACGCGGGAUCGGCCUCUGCAGACGAGACUCAAGUAUGAUCCCGCGAGAUUCUUGCAAACGCGGACCGGCGGGUUUUGCUUGUCAUAA